AUGAUUGGACCUCUCGAUACAAGGAGACGAGAUAAACGGUGUGAGUAUCAUAAAGACCACGAUCACGACACUAAUAGUUGUUAUGCACUAAAAGAUCACCUAGAGGAGUUAGUGCAAGACGGUCGGCUUACGCAACACAUCCGAAAGAACAAUUCAUUAAACACAAUGGCUCUACAGCUAGAUUCACCUCCACUUGGUGUAAUUCUUGUGAUAUACAGCUUGUCGACGUCAUCGGAGAUGCGUACAAUUCAGUUGCAUUCUAGCCACCACAGACCAAUCACGCCAGCGAAACGGCCCCAUGAAACUGGGAGGAUUAGUUUCGAUGACACUGACUUGGUUGGAGUAACUCACCUCCAUACUGAUCCCCUCGUCAUCAAGCUACGCAUAAACAGAUUCACUAUUGAGCGUGUUCUCAUUGACCAGGGCAGCACUUUCGGAAAAUAA